AUGGUCGCUAUGGCAGAAUUGACGAUGGAGGAGGCCCAGCCAAAAUGGUGGGAAAUGAAGAAGGACUACGACGACGACAAUGGGCAUCCUCCACCGUAUCCGCUUUUGCAGGCUUCCCAUGGAUUUCGGAGCGAACGUCAACACGAGCUCUACGCCACUCCAGGUCGAGGUAAUAAUCCAGGCCAACCCCAACACCAGUUCUACUCCGCUAUAGAGCACGCUCCACAUCCGGUCAGCCGAGGAAUGCUUCGCCGGACUCACGGAAAUCUACCAGAUGCCCCCCCUCUGAAUGAGGAUAUCACACAACAGCCCCGGUCCCUCAGCAUGCCGUCAACUUCAACGGGGUCGCUGGACAUCAGACACAUGAUCGCCGGUACGGAAAUUACCCCGUGCCAGGACAGGUGCCGUGUGCCCACCUAUGCAUCCAUGCAGCUGUUCCCCCCCAUUCGGCCUGCGAUCGCCGAAGGGCAAGGAUCUGCUGAACGAAUCCCCCGAAGCACCGACCGAGUCCCCCAGGUCAAUACCAUAAUCCCGGACGACGCAAAGCGAAUCGCCCAAGCCAAGGCCGGGGCCGCUGCAUAUGAAGAAUUCGAGAUCCAGCGGGUGACUUACCCGGGAAAAGAGCAGGCGCCGCCCUUGUACCAGCAAGCGAGCCGCACCGCGGUGCCCUCAAAACGGUCCAUGACUUCGCCACAGGUUCUGUCGCUCGGUAGCAGACCAGAGUGGCGUUACUGGUUCUUCGGCGUGGCUGUGGCUACGUUAUUGCAGGGAACUGCUGGGUACCAAACCCAGCACAACGAGACUGGAGUGACCAGUGGAUGA